GCUCGGCAUGUAUAAGAGGCCGGGGCGCGCGCCUGUUGAGGUCACACUAGCCCCGACCCGUCCCGUCAUGGCAGCCGCCCGCUCUCCUGCCCUGCCGCUGCUGCUGCUGGUGGCGCUCUUCCCGGCGGCUCGCUGCAUGCCGAUUGACAACGCCCUGGACGACGAGGUCCUGUUCUCGAAGCUGCAGGCCUGCUUCACGGCCAGCGGGAUGGCGCAGCUGGACUCGCCGCUCGAGCAGCUGGCCGACAAGCUGCCGAGCUUGUCCCGCAGGAGGGACAUUCUGCAGGGUUUCCUGGACUGUUGCUCCAAGCAGGACUUCCCCGGCAUGGAGACGCUGGAGGCCAACAAGCAGGACAGCGAGGAGCUGUCGCAACAGCUGAAAGUGCUGCAGCAGAAGAUCCAGACCAUCUACAAGAACUACCUGAUGGGCACGAGCGUGGGCCUCAGCAUGCUCGGCUCGUAGACCGGCCCUGUGACCCGGCGUGCCGAGAGCUCGCCAGACCCGGGCUAGGGCCGGUGGAAAUCCGGCCAGAUCGAGUGGUCGCCGGCCCGCCCCGGAGACGGCCCGUCCGAGGGCGUGACGUCACUGGGGCUGCACGCGCGCGGCGCCGG